AAUCCCUCAUCCAACUCUGAGAUCUUGAAGCUCAACACAACUUCUCCAGGAUUCAUUUCUUCACAUCAUCUAAAACAAUGAGACAUCUGAUGGCUUUGAUGUUUCUGGUGAUCUUCUGCUCUCUGCAGCUGACUACAAGUGCUCCAGUUUCCUUGAACAAAUCAUCAUGCUGUUUUAAGUUCAGCAAUGCAGCGAUUCCUCUGAAACGGGUGAAGUCGUACUAUUGGACCGACAGCAGCUGCUCCAAACCAGCCAUUGUGUUUGAGACUGACAAAAGGAAGAUCUGUGUAGAUCCAGAAACCAGCUGGGUGAGCGGUCACAUCACUAAAGUGAACAAAAGAACAACAAAGACCCAAAACAAGACAGUCUGAAGAAUUGAUUCAUCCGUUUUUAUAUUUAAACUCAAUAUCUGACUCUGUACAUAUAUUUUACUUCUGCUAUGUGUUUAUUUUAUAUUAUAUUUAUUAUAUUAUAAAAUUUUGAUAAUAAAUAAAUCCUUGUGUA